AGAAUCGGUCCUCGAUCGAGAAAUCCUAUUUUCUCUGAAUCUUGUCAUUCGUUAGACAUUCGCGUUCGAAUUCCAGUUAUUUCCCAGUUCCAAUUUGAAAAUAAAAGUUUUACUGAAUAUGAGUCGCGAAGGAAUGACGAAGAACCAGCUCCUGCAGAUCCCUGCCGAUACAUAUAUCACGAAAUAAAAUUAUGAUACACGAUACAGCACAACCUUAUCUAUGUGAGUUGACAAACAUCAAAGAAUGCCUUAGAAUUUGUUAAGUGACCAAUUCUCGUAAACAACUCCAUUUUGAGUGUAAAUUCCUCAUAUGAUAUUGGCGGUAGUUGUCAAAGUGGUGAAUCCAAGACCGUAAAUGUGCGAUAGCUAAAUACAGCGGGGGGUCCGAUAAAUGAAGACACAAACGCAGAAAAUUACUCGUGUACUCGUACACUGGUGAAAAAUAAAAUUAUUGCUCAAGGUAAUUCUCUGUUGUGCGGCAGUUGUUGUUGUUAGGUUAAGGAGUUUUCUCGCCAUCGUACGAUCUAUCAAUUAACAUAUGAUUAAGUGAUAUUCUUGAAGCUUUGUCAAAAUGGCUGAGAAAAUUGCGACUAAUCAGCCUCAGCCAAUUGUUAAAAUUGGACACUAUACGCUGGGACAGACACUCGGAGUUGGUACAUUUGGAAAAGUUAAAAUUGGAGAACAUGUUCUGACGAAACACAAAGUCGCAGUGAAAAUUCUGAAUCGACAGAAGAUAAAGAGUUUAGAUGUCGUCGGAAAAAUUAGACGAGAAAUCCAGAAUCUAAAGUUGUUUCGACAUCCACACAUCAUCAAAUUGUAUCAAGUUAUCAGCACUCCAACGGACAUAUUCAUGAUAAUGGAAUAUGUGUCAGGCGGAGAGCUAUUCGAUUACAUCGUUAAACAUGGAAAGCUGAAGGAAUACGAGGCCCGCAGAUUCUUCCAGCAGAUAAUCUCAGGUGUUGAUUACUGCCAUCGACACAUGAUCGUCCACCGAGACCUUAAACCUGAGAAUCUCUUGCUUGACCACAAUUUGCACGUUAAAAUUGCUGAUUUCGGCCUCUCAAAUAUGAUGAUGGAUGGUGAAUUUUUGAGAACAUCCUGUGGCUCUCCAAACUACGCAGCACCUGAAGUAAUAUCAGGCAAACUGUACGCAGGUCCGGAGGUCGAUAUCUGGUCGUGUGGAGUCAUUUUAUAUGCAUUACUCUGUGGUACACUACCGUUUGACGACGAACAUGUGCCCACAUUAUUUCGUAAAAUUAAGUCUGGAAUAUUUCCAAUCCCCGAGUAUUUGAACAAAACCGUAGUCAGUCUUUUAUGCCACAUGCUCCAAGUUGAUCCAAUGAAACGUGCGACAAUAGAGGACAUAAAGAAGCACGAGUGGUUCCAGAAGGAUUUACCCACUUAUCUCUUCCCAUCCCCAGUUGAACAGGACUCUUCGGUCAUUGAUAUUGACGCAAUUAACGAAGUUUGUGAGAAAUUCAAUGUUAAAGAGGCUGAGGUACACUCUGCAUUGCUAGCUGGAGACCCUCACGAUCAACUGGCAAUCGCUUAUCAUCUCAUCAUUGAUAAUAAGAGGAUUGCGGAUGAGGCUGCCAAGGCUGAGAUUAAGGACUUUUAUGUAGCCUCCAGCCCACCUCCAGUUGCCUUCAGCCCCAGUGAUAAUUCUAGCAGCCCCCUCAGACCACAUCCAGAACGAAUCGCACGUAAGGCAUUUCGUGAGAAACAGGGCUCUCAGCCGAGUACGCAGCCUCUACCUCAAGGAGCUCGAGGAACCCCCGUGAAGCGAGCAAAAUGGCAUCUAGGCAUCAGAUCUCAAUCAAAGCCAAAUGACAUCAUGAAUGAAGUUUAUCGAGCCAUGAAAGCUCUGAAUUUCGAAUGGAAAAUUAUAAAUGCCUACAGUGUUCGCGUUAGACAGCAGAACAAGUUGGCAAAUAGACACAGUAAAAUGUCCCUUCAACUUUAUCAAGUUGAUUACAAAAGCUACCUCUUAGAUUUCAAGUCACUGGCGAAUGAUGAAGCAGAUGAUUUUAUGAAAGAUCCUACUUCUCUUCCAUCUCAAUCAACUGGCCACCAUACAAUGGAAUUUUUUGAAAUGUGUGCAGCCCUCAUAACACAGCUGGCUCGUUGAAACAAUCGCCGGUAGAUUAGGAUUAAUGUCUAUUCCAUUUUUUAAUUUGCCAAAAAAUAGAGUUUGUAGGAUAUUUUUCAGUUGUGGGAUUUUCCUCUUGGGGUGGUCUCGUAGGGGCUUUAGCACUGUAAUGUGAUUGUCAUAAUGUACCUCCCUGUCUAUUAUGUGAAUAAUAAAUUUUACUUUACUUCAUUCACCUGUAAA